UCGUAGUCAGACACCCUGGUGUGCUGGGCUGGCACUCCGUGAGAGUGUACACUGCUCAUUUGAUUACGGAGCAGAGAGGCAGUUGGAGGAAGUACUCAGUUCAAUAGGAGAGUGAAAACUGUACCUAAACCCAGUUGUUCUUUGACUUUCCUUCUGAGAAACCCAUGUGUUCACAUCUUUCUGUUGACUGUGUCCUGCUGCUGUUGCUGCUGCUACUACUUUCAAGGACUUUGGAAGGAGCAUACAUUGUAGAGGUGGGUCACAAUGCCUAUCUGCCCUGCAGCUACACUCUGCCCACCUCAGGGAAUCCUGUGCCUGUGUGCUGGGGCAAGGGACCCUGUCCUGUGUUUGAAUGUUCUGUUACGGUGCUCAAGACUGAUGAAAGAAAGGUGACUUCCCAGCUCUCCAACAGAUACCAGCUAAAGGGAAAUCUCUACAAAGGAGAUGUGUCCCUGACCAUACGGAGUGUGACUCUGGCAGAUAGUGGGACCUACUGCUGCCGGAUCCAAUUCCCAGGCCUAAUGAAUGAUAAAAAAAUAAACCUUGAGUUGGUUAUCAAAUCAGCUGAAGUUACCACUGCUCCGACUCUACAGGGGGACUUGACUACAGCCUUGUCAAGGAUGCUAGCCACCGAGGAAAAUGGCACAGCAGAGACACAAACACUGGAAACCUUCCAUGACAAAAAUCAAACAAGAACAUUCAUAUUAGAUAGUGAUUUACAAGAAGAUUCUGGGAUAACAACCAGAAGAGAUGUCUACAUUGGAGCAGGAAUUUCUGGUGGGCUGACUCUUGCUCUGAUCGUUGGUGCUAUAAUUCUUAAAUGGUAUUCUCAUAAAAAAGAGGAAUUAAAGAAUUCAAGACUCAUCUCUUUGGCCAACAUCCCUUCCUCUGGGCUAGCAAAUGCAGUAGCAGGGGGAAUGCGCUCAGAGGAAAACAUCUACACCAUUGAAGAGAACAUAUACGAAACAGAAGAUCCAAAUGAGUAUUACUGCUAUGUCAGCAAUUGGCAACAAUCCUGACAAUCUCUGGGUUGUCAUCUUUCAACACCGUUGCAUCUGUUCACUUCAUUUGUGACUUGGUACUGUCAAAAAUAGUACUCAAAGACUAUGAGAUAUGUCAGCUGAUUGAUUUUAGAAGUUUUAUUAUGGCCAUUUAGCAGAAUUUUCAUAUUUUUCCUUUUUAAUAUUUUACUUUACCAUUUAUGGUUUACUGUUAUUUGCUUUUCACUCAUGUUCAUUUUCCAUAUUGUUUGUUUAUUAGCGGACACAUGCAUUCACCAGAGACAGAAAGAAAUGAAGAAUGCACCCCUUCAUGGGGCAUGGUCAUGUCACAAUCCCUUCUCCAUUUCUACAUCAUGUUGGGAUCUGAGGCACACAAGCACAUGUGCUAAGUGUGUUUUUUAAGCCUCCGUGACUAGGAGUCAAACCACAGUCAGCUAUAUAGGAUUUACUGCCCUUGACUAAUAGGGUAUGAGACUAGCUCAGAGGUUUUUUUUUUUUUUCUUUUUUUAGGUUUUUGGGGACCAGCAGAUAGUAUAAAGGUUAUGUCACUGGAC